AUGAUCCUGAUUCUACGACAACGGUUACAUGUUACUCCGAAUAACUUCCUAUUAUUAACUUUACGUCGAGGUUUGAAAUUCUCAGCCAUUCAAGAUUGUCAACAGUAUCUUUCUUAUUGUUCCAAGAAUUCCAUAAACACGGGAUCAACAGUUUUCCGAGGAACAUUAUACGAAUUACACGUCAAGGCAUUUUUCGAGAAAUAUCUUAAUUGUGAAAAUUUGAUCAAGAAUGGUGGAGCAUAUGACAAUGGAGUGGAUAUAAUUGGGAAAUGGAAUCUACUUCCAUUUUAUAAUGAACAUGAAUAUGACACCAAAUCCAUAAAACUUUCAUCAAAAUCAAUAUUGAAAUAUAGUCAAGAAUCAAAAUUCAAUACUACUUCUUCCAAUCCCAUAUCAUUGGUCAAUGACAUUCAAGUAUUAAUUCAAUGUAAAAAUGUUAAAAAGAAACCCGAUGCAAAAAUAAUUCGUGAAUUAUCAGGAAUAUUGGAUUUCCAUAAAUUUAAUAAAAAAUCAACAUUUAUGUUUAUUGUUACUCCUUAUCCAUGUACUCCACAAGCUGUUGUUCAAUUAGACACGGCAAAUCAUGCAAUCAUUCAUUUUAUGAUAUCCCCAUUAACCAAUCAUGCUGUAAGAAUUACCAGAAACCAAGAUGAAGAAGAUGAUGAUGACUACGUUAAUGAUUCCUUUUUCAAUUUGGAUUCUUGGAAAGGUGGCGAUUUGAAAUUAGUUUAUAUGAAUCGACAAGCAAGAAAAUUACUUUCGGGUUUAAACAUGGAACAAAAAUUGAAAUUCAUUGGUCUAAAAGAUUAG